AUAUAGUUGGCUUUUUUAUUAGGAAAAUAAUACAGUAUUAACAGUAUAUUAGUAAUUCUUUUGCUGAACCAUUUCACAUUUCUGUUCCGAUCGUCGUGUAUUAUGGGGCUGCUUCAAGUACUAGAACCAGAACACUCUCUGCAAAAGGGAACUUGGUAUGCCCUUGUGCCACGAGGGGAGAGUCCUGGGGUUCGAGUGGGUCACACAUGCACCUACCUUCCCAGCAUUACGGACAACCAGGGCAAAGGGAAGAUUCUUAUUGUAGGAGGUGCAAACCCUAAUGGAAGCUUCUCCGAUUCACACAUUAUAGACCUUGACACUCAUGAGUGGGCUAUCCCGGAGUGGGAGGGUUUGCUGCCCAGGUAUGAACACACCAGCUUUGUCCCUGAUUGCAGUCCCAAUAGCCUCUGGGUUUUUGGUGGUGCAGAGCAGUCUGGCAAUCGUAACUGCAUACAGGUUCUAAAUUUAGAUACAGGUACAUGGAGAAGUGUAACUGUUCGUGGGACCCCACCUUCAGCACGAACCUAUCACACAUGUACGGCGUCUAUAGGGGACAAGCUGUACGUGUUUGGGGGAGGUGAUACGGGAGCACAGCCUGUUGAUGAUGCAAAGCUUCAUGUCUUUGAUGCAGCUACUCUAACUUGGUCACAGCCAGAUACACAAGGCAAAGCCCCAUCUCCUAGACAUGGUCAUGUGAUAGUGGCUGUAGGACUCAAACUGUAUAUCCAUGGUGGGUUGGCUGGAGACAAAUUUUACAGUGAUCUGUAUUGCAUAAAUACAACUGAUCUGCAGUGGGAGAGAGUGAAGGUGAAAGGAGGCGCCCCGCCCGGCUGCGCUGCACACUCUGCAGUGUCUCUGGGGAAAUGCAUCUACAUCUCCGGAGGAAUGGACGCAUCAGGAGCAUUAAACACUAUGUAUAAAUACCACACGGAGAAACAGCGCUGGACACUCUUAAAGUUUGAAUGUCCGCCCGCCAAAAGACUUGACCACUCCAUGUGUGUCAUUCCCUGGGCUGAUCCCAAAGCAUCCUGUCCACAAGCAGCUUGUGGGGACCAAGAGUGUAAGGAUUCGGCCCAGCAAGCAGCCGACAAUGCAGAAGAGAAGAGCAGCAGUGCCUCCCGAAGCGCACCAGUGCACCUCUGCUUUGUAUUUGGUGGCAUGGACACUGAGGGAAGCCUUUAUAAUGACUGUAUUGUCACUCUUCUUGAUUAACAAGAAAACUAAUCAUUUUACAGGGUGUAAUGUGCCAUUCUCGAUACAUAGCAGUUUAAGCUAUUCAUGGUUUUACUGUGAGAACCGCCGUGGUAUGCCUUGUUGCCUGUUAACACAAAUUGAAGUGUUACAAACACCCCUUCAUUUUUAAUUGGAAUCACGGUUGUGUGAAAUUUGUAUCUUGGUGUCUUUGGUUAUUAACUCAGUAAGUAACAAAUUAAUUUUUCUUGGAAAAAAAUCAUAACACAAGCUGUAUUUAUGUUAUUUGAUACAGUCUGUCAAUAUUUCUUCACAGAAAAAAAUGAAGCCUUUCAUUUUGGCUAAUCUGUUUUAAGGACAUUCACAUAGACGUGCCGUAAUUGAAACGUACUGCGUAUUCAAUUGUCGUAAAACAUCAAAUGGCUUAAACUGAUAUGCAGUGGGGCGGUCUUAUUUACUACCCUGUUUUUAUGCUUAUUGUAAAUGGACUGAUAUUUUUUUGUAUACCGAUAAUAUAAUGUAUUUCAUGCUGAACUGUCUACUAACACCAAGUGUAAAUAUAAAAGCCCCUAGACUGUGGGGUACACAAGUAUAUGUUCUAGUCAUUCUUCCCUGCUGUCAGUAGAAUGAUGAUAUUCACUUAUGUUGCCCAGCUAAGUGUUAAACACUUUAAUAUGGAUGGCAGUUAUCCUAAUGAAUGUCUUGUUUAGAUUCACUUUGUAUAUCAUUUUCUGUCUCAGAAAUAACAUCAUGUUUUUAAUGUUGUAGCCAGUAGGCUCUCAAACAUGUUUUCUGUUUAAGUACAGCCGGUACAUCAUAGUGUAACAGGUAGCAUGUCCCCCUGCCACAUCCAGUGGAUGCAAGAAAUAUUACAUUGAACUUGCAGGGGUACAGUUUCCUGUUUACACUCUGGUAUACCAGCUGUACAGAACAAUGUGCACAUUUGAGAGCUCUUUAAUGGUGAAGGUGGCUUUCAACUUCUGAGUUUUAAAAAGUCACCUGAAUGUAAUGACUAAAACAAAGUGAUAACCCGAUUCUAAACAGGAAUGCAUUAGAUCAGACAACCAACAUGUUAGUACUGCACCAAGUUGCUCUUUAAGGCAGUGUAACAGAGCGUUCAGAGCGGAGGACCUCAGAGAAAGGGAUCAUACCUCAGAGCUCUGUAGACAUACAGAUAAUUAACAUUACAUUCCCUGUGUCUUAUAUUGUUUCUUUGUAAGAGAUAUAGGGUUUUUCUUUUCUUGUAAAAGUCACACACAGCACUGCAAGUGUACCUCAAUCCUGACCUGAACACCCUGUGAAAAAAAUCCCAUAACAAACCUCCCCCAGAAUCAAGAAUAGAACACAACAGGAUUUUACCAAAACAGCUAGAAGAAUGUUCCCACCCUAGCAACAUGGGCAGUUCCAAACAGAUUUACACGUAUACAGGGCUGUUCUUUUAAAAAAAAAAAAAAAAAAAAAAAACCCAGCUUGGUAGCCAUAACUUCAAAAAGGGAAUGUCUUUUGAAGUACGUAUUUGAUAAAGGUUAAUGCAUCUAUAAUACAUUGCAAAAGUAUUUAGAAUAUGGCAUGUCCAAAUUCCUUGAGCAUAUAAAUGUGGGUUUAUUUUAUUAAACACUUGUUUAGACAGAGAUGUUUUUGGUAGAACACUUGUGUGCAAGCUAAAAUGUGCACUUAAGCAUAAAAGGCACACUACCUGUAAGUAGUGGUUAUUUUUCUCAAUUGUAGACUACUGGUGUGUGUUUGAAAUAAAGGCUUAUAUAAACUACAA